AUCCGAAUUGAAUGAUUCAAAUUGAAUUAAGUAAGUGUGAUGGUCUACGUUACAAGGCUCAAGCUUCGUAUUCUAUUGGAACUGGUUUAUCAUUUUUUGCUGUAAUAAGUGUGACAAUACCAAUUUAAGCUUUAUUCACUCCAAAAUGUAUAAAAAUGUUUGGUGGUUAAUUCAAAAGUGCGAAGCAGUCAGAAAUGUUUUCACAUUCAUCAAAUGAGUGAAUUUGUAGUUUCCUCAUGUGCUAAGACUUAUCACGACUCGCUAAGAUUUGUUUAAGUUACAUGGACAUAUAAAAAAAAGGUUAAUAUUUGGAAACUUCUUGAGUGGAUACUUACAAAACAUACUCACACUUUGAUAAAUAGUUCAAACUUCCUUAUACAAGAAGAUUUCAUUGUUAGUAUUACUUACACAGUUUUCUUGCGACCCGCUUCAUUAUUUUCUUUAUUCAAUUCGUAUCGCUAGUAUGGUAUUACUGUUGUAUCGCCAACCAGGUGUUACUUAAUCAACCACAACCGUACCGUUUCUAGUCUUAUCGAUUUAAUUAAAACUGUAACUCAGUAUAUUACAUGUUUCGAGAUGAAAUUAAUAUCGGAAUGUUUUUAAGAGAAAUUUUGUUGGUUUUGUUUACGUGUAGCUCGUUUUUAAAUAAUGUCUCUGUUAGUGGCAAAGCUGAGGAAAGUUAGUAUCUUAUGUUCUUGCUUUUUUUUUAUUUAUUUUUUUCAAAAGUGCCGCUUAUGACUUUUCUAAUUUAAAUUAAGUUUGGUACCGGUUUGCAAGAGAGAUGCCCCUCUCCGCCGUGUGGUGUGCCAUCUUGCUUCAACAACUGCUUUAGUGCAAAGCUGCUUCGAGAAGAGGUGCUUGUUUGCGUAUAUCUGAAGGGUGGAAAUCAUAGAGCAUUUGUUUAAGCGAACUUUUUCAAUGCAAACAUACAUACAACUUUUUCAAGAACUAAAUCAAAAGAAUAAAUCGCGUUUAGAAUCAACAUUAAAAUGAUAAAAUUAAUAAUGAAUUAGUGACGUUUGAAAUUGUCUGGGUUUUCGUUUUCUAAACUCGUAUUACAUUGUGCUGUGUGACAUUUUUUACAUGCGUGUUAUGCAUUGCAAAUAAUUAAUAUUCUGUUUUGGAUUUUAGACCAGGAAGAAGUUGAGGAGCAGGCAGACGAGGCCGCCUUGGAUGAUCACACAUUUGUAGCUUUAAUUGAGUACAUUCUUUACUAAUUAAUAAGAAUUAGAACACUUUUAUUAAUAACUGGAGAUAAAAACCUUUUUAAUGCGAGUUGGGCACGCGACAAAUUUCCUUUUCAUAUAAACUUAAGAAAAACAAAUCGGUAACAACUUAUAAAUAAGCAACUUAACUCAACUUAGAACAUCUGUGAAAAUUGUGAAGUGAAAAAGUGAACCUCAAGGUUCAUAAGAUAUUGCCUGCCAGACAUAUGAAAAGAAAGCAAUAACUAGUCGUCCUUUGGGUAUGAAACCCUUAACGCAAUGCCAGAUAAAUAUUUGUUCAUUCAAUUAAUGUUCUAUUACCAAGUCAAAAAAGACCUAACUGAAGUUUAUACAGAAAACAUUGAACAUUUGGAUAAAAAAAGCAGUAAUUAUUGAAAUGAAAACAUAAAAGUGUCUUGUGAAGAAGAGGGUUUAAGCAGUGAUUUGUGUUUUCAGCAUCUUAUUCACAAAUGGGCGCAAGAGAUCAUGUACCGGCACCAUAAUACAUGAUAAUGUGGUUAUCACCACUGCUCAUUGUUUUAUGGAUAAAGACCCAUUUACACUCCCGGAACUAACAGCAUCAUUCGUCGUGAUCGGUACUAAGAAGAUGUUUGACACUGGAUACGAGAACUAUCUCCCUAUAGAGAGAGUUAUAACGCACCCGCACUAUAGAGGUUGGACUGCAGAUUUGGCGCUCGUCUACACCUUUGCGGGCAUGACGUCAGACAAGCCAGGGAAUGUUAUACCGUUGGUCGGCGAAAAAACAUUGACCCCCGUUGACUCCAAUGUUACAGUUCUUAGUUGGGGGCAUUGUAAGGAUGGGGAGCCAAGUUCACAUACUCGUGCACCGGUAAGCGUCGAUCCGGAACCAAUAUGUGACCCUGAAGAAGACAACUCUUGCGAUGACAAGGUUGCAGGCAGAGCCGGGAGAAUUAUUAAAAUUAAAGGCCCUCGUUCUGCAGAUGACUCAGAAUCUGAGCCAACGUUUGUCAGAGCACCUGGGAACUCCCGUCCACAAGUCGCACCUGUGGAGAUAAAUCAUGCCAAUUAUCGUAGUCCUCAUAGAGACUCGCCUGCAAAGCUUAUGCCAGCUGAUGAAUACCGGCGGCCAGCGCCCCGGGAGCCUAUAAGGAUGACCACGCCGUCAUCUCGAGCAUUAAGCCGCUACUUGCCAUCCAAAGAAAAAAAUUACAGAAUAAAACAAAACCAGAAGCUAACUACGCAGCGUCAUCGAUAUUACAAAUCGAAUAGAAAUACGAAGGCAGAGGAAGACAAAAGCGUUAUGAUUGUGGGAACCAAAGGAAGGAGAAGUAAGGUGAAAUUAAUAAGGAGAAGCGGUCAGGGAUCACAAUAUGUACGUACGGUCAAGAAAGGCUUGAAAGAACAAAAAAACCGAAACGAAACAAAAAUCCAGUCAUAUUUCAAAAAUUGGAGAAGACAAAUCGGCUCGACGGUAAAUAAACUAACAGUUGAAAUUUUUGGAUUCGUAAACGUACAAGCAUGCAAGAGAAUGGUUGAAAAAGUUUUGCCGGCGAUAUACUCAAUAAAUCCAAAUCACGUCGUUUGUUUCGCCACGGAGGAACACUACAUAACUGACGAGGACUCAGGCGCUCCAGCUAUCAAUCAAGGUCACUUGGUAGCGGUGACGAUGGGCGGAGUGAUGUGCGACGGUGACCACGUGGCUGUCGGCGUGAAGAUGAGCUGCUUCUGCACUUGGAUAGCUGAUAACUUACCGGACGGAGGAGAGAAUAUGCGAUGCUGUAAGGAUUGUUGCCAAGGAGGCGAUUGGGAUGCUACGAAAAAUUUGAAACAGUCUAAACAUAAAAACAAGUACUUGUUUACAUAAAAGCUUAGAAUAUAAAGUCUUUUUUUAUUGGUUUAAUUAUUAACUGAAUAUUAAGGUGAAAAGAUGAGGUUCGACAUUUCCUUAGGCAAGAGAGUAUCAAAUCUCGUAUAUUUCGAGACGAUUUAAUACAUGAAGGUACGAGUUUUACAGGUUCAAAUUCUGAUAAGCUUCAUCUGUGUGGCAACUUUGAAAAUACUAAACAGCGUAAAGGAUCCUUUUCCACGACUGCCCAGAAAAGAAGCGAUGAAAGUGAACCAUAAUUCAUAGAUUUGUUUGCGCUUUUUACAAUAAAUAUAUCAUACACUUAUAGAACUGCAAAGUAAUUUGGGCGUUUAACCAUAACAUUUCCAUAAACAAAAUUUGAUAAGUGGUAUCAUUACGACCUUUAAUCUCUGCAAAAAACCCUCUAUAUUCGAUUACCAAAAGAAAUAUCUAAUAUAUAAAAUUCCCGUGACAAGAUGUUAGAUACCGUA